CCCGGCUCCCAGGGCCCGUCGGUCCCGGGGGAGACCCGGAGGCGCAGCCCCACCCCGGCCGGCGCGACUCGCUCCCACGCCCCCGCUGCCGCCUAGCCUUAGCGGACAGACUGAGUCGGCGGGGGCGCCGGGCGCUGCAGGAGCUGAUAUGGACCCAAAUCCUCGGGCAGCCCUGGAGCGCCAGCAGCUCCGCCUUCGGGAGCGGCAGAAAUUCUUUGAGGACAUUUUACAGCCAGAGACGGAGUUUGUCUUCCCUCUGUCCCACUUGCACCUCGAGUCACAGAGACCCCCCAUAGGUAGUAUCUCAUCUAUGGAAGUGAACGUGGAUACACUAGAGCAAGUAGAACUUAUUGACCUUGGGGAUCAGGAUGGAGCAGACGUGUUCUUGCCUUGUGAAGAUCCUCCGCCAACUCCCCAGACGUCUGGGGUGGAUGACCAUCCAGAGGAGCUGAGCCUGCCAGUGCCCAUGUCAGACAGGACCACAUCCAGGAGCUCGUCGUCAUCCUCUGACUCUUCCACCAACCUGCACAGCCCAAACCCAAGUGACGGUGGAGCAGACACGCCCUUGGCACAGUCUGAUGAAGAGGAGGAUGGGGGUGAUGCAGGAGCAGAGCCUGGAGCCUGCAGCUAGCAGUGGGCUCCUCCCUACAGACUGACCAGACAGGCUAUUCGUCACAUGAGGCCAUAGGCCCAACCAAAGCCCAUCGUCAGAAGACCAGACUCUACUUACAGUAGGCGCCAGAGGCAGGGAAGGAUGGCGGAUCGUGUCUCUCUCUGAGAAGUAACCCUCUCCUGCUUUACUGCUAACCUUUUCCUGCUGCAACCCUUGCGCUAGUUUUUGACUUACUCCUGAGGUAGGACUUGCAAGUAAGGAGAUGGAAGAUGAGGUAGGACAAGAUGCUGCUGCUUAUCUAAGCACUCCUCCCUCCCCCAAGCUAUCCUGUAGUCUUCUAAUAGUCUCGUAAACCAGUGUCUCUAAGUGGACGUGAACUCCUUCAGAUGUCCAGUGAGGUGAUACUCCAGCCAUCCUGCCUCCGUUACAACAUUUUUGGAACAGAGCACGGUAUGAAUAAUAAAUAAUAAUAUACCAA